GCACCUGCAUUCUCCAUGCUGUUUGUCCUCCAGACCAGCAGGGGGCGAUCGAGCACCGUGAGCCUGCAGAUCGGCUGUCCUGAAAACAGUGCGGUUUCCCGAGCUGUCAGCGUCGGACUUCAUUUCGGUUCUGUUCGGCUGUGCUCGGGGUUUAGCAGUCUGAAGGGCUCCGGGUUCGGUGCAGCAGAGAGACUGUGGCCGCUGGGAGGCGCUCGGGGAUUUGGGAUGGGCGACGGGACGCUGGAGUUCUUCAGGAGCGCGGGCGCGCUCACCGGCAAGGACGCGUGCGCAGUCAGCUGGGCGCACGCGGUCAACAGUAGGCGGGAGCUUGCGCGUGCUCUUACAGAUCACAGUCACAUGCUUGAAGCUGAUGUCAUCCUGAGAGGUCGUGACCCCAAGGAGCCCGUCAUGGCCCACCCCCCAGACACGGACAGCGACAUUACACUGAGUGAGUGGCUCCACGGUGUGAGGGAGCACCGUAAGGGGAUAAAGCUGGACUUUAAGAGUCUGGAGGCCGUGGCUCCGUCCUUGGUCCUGCUGGAGCCGGUGCUUUCCGAGAAGAAGUUUCCUGUGUGGAUCAAUGCUGACAUCCUGACUGGUCCUGGGGGGCGGGCCACCCCCCUAAAGGCAGAGUCCUUCCUGUCGGCUACUGCUGAUCUCCCCCCCCACGCUGUGCUGUCUCUGGGGUGGACCACAGGAUGGACCGCAGGGGCAGAAAAUCCAGGUUACAGCUGGGACAUGGUGCAGGAGAUGGAGCAGAUCUGCAGGGACCUUCCUCACGCCGUCACGUUCCCCGUGCGAGCUGCCCUGCUGGCACAGUCCCUCCCCCAGCUGUGCUGGCUGCUGCAGCGGUCAGACAGGUUUUCCCUCACGGUCUGGACCUCCACUGAGGAUCAGUUCUCCCUUCAGGACCUGCGGAGCUACAGGAGUCGCCUGGAUGUCGGCAAGAUCUACUUCGACCUGCUGGACUCUGUGAGAGCGGAGCUCAGAGGCACGUCGGCAGAGUCUGAGUGAAGCUCCCUGAUGCCCCCCAGGACGCAGGGGGAGGGACCAAAGAGAUGAUGCAAUGAUUCACUUUUUUCACUGUUUUGUUUGGAAAUAAGAUUUGUGUUUUACAGAACAAACUAAAAAUUCAGAAAAAACAUUUUUUGAGCAAAUAAUAGUUUUAUACUGAGCCUGGUGUAAAGCAAUACGAUAAAUAAAAAAAUCCUUUUUAAACUGA